GAGGAAUCCAAAAGAAUCAAAUAUUAUCAGGACGAUAUUCGUCUAAUUUAAAAUGAGUUAAUCUAAACGUGGAUGCCAUCAUAUCCUCUAGUGGUGGUGGUGGAACUGAUCUUCUAAGCGUCGCGAAGGAAUCCCGCUUGUCUCACUCUUUCUUCCCCUCUUCAACGUUUCAUCUUCCAACGGCCACGAUAGCCUCAUCCAUCAUCGCUCUUGCUGUCCAGCGGCUGUUCAUCUCGAUAUUUCUUAUUUAAAAUACCCUAAUCCAUGAGUGAUUAACCAUAUCUCCAGUUUCCAGCAGCUUGAACCAAGCACUCUAGGCAGCCAUGGCAAACAAAUCAGGCAGUCGACUGAUUCCAUGGCUGUACGACUUUGGCCUCUGGAUCUUCACUUUAUGUCUGGAUAUCUUCUUCAGGGAAAUAUACCCUAGAGGCGCCUGGAGAAUCCCGACAAAAGGCCCCGUUCUCAUCGUGGCUGCCCCGCAUGCCAAUCAAUUCGUGGACUCGCCCGUCUUGAUGCGCCUGCUACUCGAGCAGGCCAAGCGGAGAGUUUCUUUCUUGAUCGCGGAAAAAUCCAUGAAUGAGCCGUGGAUUGGCAGUCUGGCAUCGUGUAUGGGAGCGCUUCCGGUGGUCCGAGCGAUGGAUCAGGCCAAACCGGGGAAGGGGACUAUUUGCCAGGCUGAUCCGGUGGAUGAUCCUACUCUGAUUCACGGAUUUGAUACGGAUUUCACGCAGCCGGAGUACAUGAUCGGUGGGCAAAUCACCAUCCCCAAAAGAUCCCCUGAAGGAAGUCCUGAGACGGGGUCGAUUGCGGAAAUCCUCGGGCCUGAUGCCCUUCGACUCAGGAAGCCACUCAAGACUCUGGUGUCAUUGGAUGAAAUAAAUUCUGGCGAGGCAGAAGAUCAGUCCCAGGGAUCGACCUUUAAGAUUGCUCCUCAUAUCGACCAAAGUCGCAUGUUCAGUGCCGUUUUUGAAGAGCUCUCGCGCGGUGGGUGUAUUGGCAUUUUCCCCGAAGGAGGAAGUCAUGAUCGGUCGAAUCUGUUGCCUCUGAAGGCUGGUGCUGCCUUGAUGUCGCUCGGGGCAUUGGCUCACGAUCCUACCUGUGGACUUUCUAUCAUCCCGUGUGGCAUGAACUACUUUCAUGCUCACAAGUUCCGCUCGCGGGCCGUCAUUGAAUUCGGUCGUCCAAUUCACGUGCAUCCGGACCAGGUCGAGGCUUACAAGGCUGGAGGUAAUGCCAAACGCAAUGCGGUUGGUUCUCUUCUCGAAACAAUCUACGAAGGACUUGCGGCUGUCACCCAGAUCAGCCCGGACCAUGAGACCCUCAUGUUGGUCCAGUCCACCCGGAAGCUGUAUAAUCCCAUCAGCAAGAAAUUGCCUCUUCCGCUGGUUAUUGAAUUCAACCGGCGCUUAUUAAGGGGUUACACUGAUCAUAAGGAAGAUCCUCGAGUUGUGCAGCUAAAACGAGCCGUCAAUGAUUAUAACGGACGGCUAGAAGCCUUGGGGAUCAAGGAUCACCAGGUGGAAUGGGGAAAUGCUGAGGAGAACCCGUGGUGGUUGACUCUCAUCACCUUGUGUUAUCGUCUUUCCAAGCUGGUUUUGAUUAGCAUUGGCACGUUGCCAGGAGUGCUCAUGUUCUGGCCAGUAUUCGUUAUCUCCAAGAUCAUUUCGGAGAAAAAGAGGAAAAAGGCUCUAGCGGGCUCCGUGGUCAAAUUGCAAGGUCAUGACGUUGUCGGUACUUGGAAGAUUCUCGUUGCGUUAGGGCUGGCUCCUACGCUUUAUACAUACUACACCGUGAUUAUCACUGCGUGGCUUCGAUAUAACCGCCAUAACGGAUAUUAUACAGAUUUUUUGCCGUGGUGGAUGGUUGCGAGAACUUAUGUUCCAGAUAUUAUCCCUCUGUGGGCAUUUGCUGUGAGCUUUUUCGCACUGAUGGUCUCCGUCUCCUUUGCUGCUCUUCGGUUUGGAGAGAUCGGCAUGGACAUUGUCAAGUCUCUUCCCCCUCUAUUUGUCGCGCUGAAUCCAUUGUCAUCAUCCUCCUUGGCCAAAAUUCGAGAGCAUCGCGAAGCACUUGCUGAGCAAGUCACCAACACCAUCGACUCCUUGGGAGUUGGCCUGACUCCCGAAUUCGAGGCCGAAGGAAUCCCCAUCGACCCCUACAAGCCUGAUGCAUACCAAUCACAGUUGAAGAGCAUGCCGCCUAGUGAGAUGGCGAGCCGUGAUCGCAGUCGUAGCAGGUCUACAAGUCGGGGUGUAUCCGACAAAACGGGCUUGAAGCCUUUGAGUUCGAUCAAUUCAAAGAACGAUUUGCUGGAUGUCGACACAAAGAUUCGAUACGCCAGCGCUCUGAAGGACAGAGGAAGAAGAUCUACCGGAUUGACGAAUGUGAUGGAAACAGGCGAGUCUAUUUUGCAUUUCAAGCCAUCCGAAACUGCCUCGGAGGAAAAGAAAGAGAGAUGAUAUGGUUGUAUUGGUGAGAGUUACAUUUUAUUGUAUUGAAUCAACCUGUAUAUUUACUUGAGGGGCGGAGCUGCCAAUUGUGAAUCUUGUGAAUGUGUUGAUAGUGAUGAUUGUAUAAUGCUAUGAUGAUUUCUACAACCCAACAAUGACAGAUAGCGUUGUCCACGCCAACUGAAGCUAUACAGAAGCAUUCCUGCGAUGCACAAUAUGACAGUAGUGGCGGGUAACCGUCGC